AAAAUUGCUCAUCUAGUGUUACGUGUAACACCUUUUAUCAAAAGGAUUGGAGAAUUGAAGUUACGGCACGAAUGCUGGCUUGAGUUAGCAAUUCUAGUUUUCAAAGAGAAAAAGGAUCCUACGAAAACUCCUGAAAUGCUCCAAUUGACUUCAGACAUUGUCCUUGAAGCUGCAUCUAAUGGAAUAUCUGAAAUUGUCAAGUUAUGUCUUAAGCAAUAUCCGGAAUUGAUGUGGGAUAUAGGAUUCACAAAUAAACUGAUUGAAGAAGUAGUGAGGGGACGGCAUGUUGAGUUGUUUAGACUACUGAAUGCACACGACACAAUUCCAAACUUGAGGUACGACAUUCACAGGAACCGCGACCUGAUGGAGGCAGUAGUAGGAUGGUCAACAGGAUAUGCACCGGCAGAUUUUUCUGGGUCAGCUUUUCUUAUGCAAAGGGAACUUCAAUGGUUUGAGGUACUGGAAAAUAGGAGCUCUCCUAAAAUUGAAAGUCUAAAAUUCAAGGUGAAGGAAGAUGAGAACGAUCCUUCUUCUGAAAGUCUGAAAUUUGAGAAAACAAACGAAAGGAGAGGGAAAACAUAUUGGGAAGUCUUUGUAGAACAGCGCAAAGGUUUGCUCCAAGAGGCAGGACAAUGGAUGAAGGAUACAUCAUCAUCUUGUAGCUUUGUAGCGAUUCUCAUCACUGCAGUAGCUUUUGCUGCAGCUUUUACUGUUCCUGGAGGCAACGACGACAAUACAGGGCUCCCGAUCUUUUUGAAGAAGACCUCAUUCAUGGUAUUCGUGAUUGCGGACGCUCUAGCUCUCUUCUCCUCUAUCACUGCCACCUUGAUGUUCUUGGCUAUCCUAACUACGCGCUAUGCCCCAAAAGAUUUCCUCCGCUCACUACCAAGAAAAAUGAUAUUAGGCCUCACCUUUCUCUUUCUCUCUUUGGCCUUCAUGCUCGUGGCUUUUGGCUCUGCUCUUAUGAUCAUCCUAAGUGAACGAUGGAAGUGGAUUUACAUCCCCAUUACUUUGUUGGCUGCCGGCCCUAUCGUAUUGUUCGCAAUCCUACAGCUUCCCUUGUAUGUUGAAAUGGUUGAAUCCAGCUAUUGCCCUCGCCUCUAUCGUCCCGUGAAGAUUUGGAAAUGAUUUCUGCUAUUAUUAUGGAACAAGGACAUCCAUGAUGUGAUCUUUGUUUGCACUUGUUAUUGUGUGUGAAAUGCAUAUAUUAU